GUGUAUUAUAUUUAUAGUUGUGUGAAGUUUCUGGUAUUGGACAAAUGUGUGGAGAUAUAUACACGACGAGGGAUACAGGAAGUAAGGUGGGUGUAGGCAGACUAGGGAUCAGACAAACUCACUGACUGUGAGAAGGCAAUGAGAAUUAGCAUUGGUUGAGAUCGAUCAACGCCGUCAACAGAAGAGUAGUACAGGGAAACUAGCGGUCAUUACUUAGGUAAUGAUUCACGUAAAGCCACGGGUACGGAUCCCAGGCAACCUCAGCAAUACAGGAUCAACGUAAAAAGUAUCGGAACAGCGUGGGAAGGUUGUAAGAGUUUGAUAACACUGUGUUGACUUGAUGAGCUUGCUGAUAAUCAAUGGCAGAUUCUAUCCACGUGAUAGUCUCAAGGCGCAAGGCCGACUCGCAAGAAAUGGAAAGAAAACAGUAGGAUAAAACAUGGCGCAUAGGUCUGAUCCGGCAGUGCUAUCACUCGGAAAAAGCUGACGGGAUCAGCGUUGUAUGGGGAAGUAGUGGCCAUGGUCCUUCCAUCCGAGACGCUCUCUGAACAUCACGCCGCCUUAGUGCCCGCGCUAGUGAAAACGCCCUCUGCAUUGCAAUUCCUACGAUCGACAGCGCGGGUCUGUCUAUGGUCUUUCUUGGCUGGUGAUUACGUUCAAGUAUCUUACAGGGGUACAGGAGAAUUCCCCAAGGAAUGCCUUUUUGUGGAUCCUAGUUGUAUUUUGGUGUAUUGCUAACCUUCACACACAUAACAAUGGACGUUCACGGGAGGAUAUUAUCAUAUCACUAGCCUUGCACACGCAACAAAGGAACAUCCACCGAGGCACGUCUGUGGACCAGAUGUCUGGUCCCAGGACCCCGCCGUCCGACCCCCUCCGGGCGGACGCCAGCCCGGGGAGGGGUCGGGACCGGGACGAGAAGAGGGAGAGGCUGCACAGAGAGAGGGACAUGGACGGUAGCAACAGUUCGCUGGAGGACUCACCCAAACUCGUCACCCCUCGUUCCUCUCCCUUGGUGCGGAGAUCGAGCAAUUCGCCCACAGAUUAUCCCCCGAGGCAGGGUUCUGAGAAGAGGCGGAAGGACUCCUCGUCCAGUGUGGCAGCUGCUGCCGCAGAGAGGGUAGCGCACAUGGCCUCCCCUAAACUGGUCCGCUCCGAUUCCGUCAAGUACUGCAAGCCGGCCAAUGGGAGUGCUCAUCGCUCGGGGCCUCAUCCAAUCGCGCACGGCACGCCACCUAGGCCCUCACGCCGCGUGCCAAGUUUGAAACUGAAAAGACUCAAUGUCGGGUCAAAGGCAGAACCAGAAAAAGAAAAGCCAGAAGCGACUAUGCCUUGUUUGCAACAACCUAACAAUACAAACCCUUCCAUAACCAUCACUCUAGAUUCGGACGACGACUCUGUGUAUAGUGAUUACUUGAGUCCGGAGAUCAACUACAAAAAUGAGAACAAAGUGCAGUUUCUUGGCGACGAAACUAGUCUGUAUGGGACACCAAAGGAGGAAUUACUCCCUAAUUCCACAGACAGUAACGCCGGGGACAGUAAAUCCAGUCCAACAACUUUUCUAAAGGAUCAGAUAUUAACUUUCUUUCAACCGUCGGACAAUAAACUCGCAAUGAAGCUGUUUGGAAAUAAGAAUGCUCUGUUGAAAGAGAAGAUGCGACAUAGGAAGGUCGGAAAUUGGGUGAUACAUCCCUGUAGCAACUUCAGGUUUUACUGGGAUCUGUUUAUGCUGGUGCUACUUAUCGCCAACCUCAUCAUUUUACCGGUAGCAAUAUCUUUCUUUAACGACGACCUCAGCACACACUGGAUCGUGUUCAAUUGUAUAUCAGAUACUGUAUUUUUUCUUGACAUCGUAAUCAAUUUUAGAACAGGUGUUAUUUUGAAUGACUUUGCCGAUGAAAUUAUUUUGGAUCCGAAACUUAUAGCCAAACAUUACAUGAAGACAUGGUUCUUUCUAGAUCUCAUAAGCUCCAUUCCAAUGGACUAUAUUUUUCUUAUGUGGGACUCAGAGGCCAAUUUCAGUCAGCUCUUCCACGCAGGUACGAAACCUCGCUUGGAUGCCCUCCCGUACUGGCAAGGGAGAGCCUUGCGAAUGCUGAGAUUGGCCAAAUUGCUGAGCUUGCUUCGGCUGCUUCGGUUAUCCAGACUGGUCCGAUAUGUUCAGCAGUGGGAAGAGGUGGGGUUUUUAGCUAUUGCUGGCAAGUUUAUGAGAAUCUUCAACCUCAUCUGUCUGAUGUUCCUCUUGGGCCAUUGGAAUGGUUGUCUCCAGUUUCUUAUACCAAUGCUACAAGACUUCCCAAAGGAUUGCUGGGUAGCCAUAGAGGAACUUCAAGAUGCUCAUUGGGCAGAACAGUAUACAUGGGCGUUAUUCAAAGCGUUAUCUCAUAUGCUAUGCAUAGGGUAUGGGCGUUUCCCUCCACAAAAUAUGUCGGACACGUGGUUGACCAUUUUGAGCAUGCUGAGUGGUGCCACCUGCUAUGCACUCUUCCUUGCUCAUACCACUACUCUCAUCCAGUCAUUUGACACCUCUAGAAGACUCUAUAAUGAAAAGUUCAAACAAGUUGAAGAGUACAUGAUAUAUCGUAAAUUACCUCGAAACCUUCGACAGAGGAUUACAGACUACUAUGAACAUCGAUAUCAGGGAAAGAUGUUCGACGAGGAAACGAUAUUAGGGGAACUAAAUGAGUGUCUGAAACACGAGGUAAUCAACCAUAACUGCCGAGCUCUCGUAGCAUCUGUUCCAUUCUUCACGAACGCUGACCCCUCCUUCGUCUCAGAGGUGGUUAGCAAACUCAAGUUCGAAGUCUUUCAGCCUGGCGACCUGGUGAUAAAGGAGGGCACUAUUGGAACCAAGAUGUUCUUCAUCCAAGAAGGCAUUGUGGACAUCAUAACGUCAGACAAGGAGGUCGCCACUAGUCUUUCAGAUGGGUCUUACUUCGGAGAAAUUUGUCUGUUGACUAAUGCACGCCGUGUUGCAAGUGUUCGAGCGGAGACAUAUGUCAACCUCUACUCUUUGGCCGUGGAGCAUUUCAACGACGUACUGGAUCGAUAUCCAUUGAUGAGGAGAACGAUGGAGAGUGUUGCUGCAGAGAGACUCUCCAAGAUUGGCAAGAAUCCGAGUUUGGUCAGCAGUCGAGCAGAUCUUGAGGAGGACCAGAAGCUUGUGAACGAGAUAGUGAUGGAAUCCACACCCAUCCCUACCAGCGCCAGUGAGAAUGAGGACGGAGACUCAGAUGAUAGUUCUGAUGGAAGUAAACCUAAGAAAAAAUUCAAAUUUGAUUUUUCGGCAAGGUUGCAACGGAUUACUGAGGAGAAGAGAAGCAAGUCUCGGGAAAAUUUAAAGGAUAAGGACCUGAUAGAUUUUACUGAUGGAAAAUCUCAUAAGUUUGGGAAGCUCCCAAAGGUUCCAUCAGGACCUAAUCUCUUUGGACUUCGAGUUCCUUCUCUUCCUGAAAGAAAGAGAUCAGGGAGUGUGGGAGAUGCUUAUGCCAUGACCGGGGCCCCAGAAAGAAUUGAGGAAGAAAAGGAAGAAAAAGGGAAAGACAUUGAGAAGAGAAGGGGUAGUUUUCUUGGUAACAAAUUUUUAAGAGCGUUUGAAACGAAGGAAAGUAAACCUAAGAAGUUAAAAGAUACAGGCAAAACUGCCAGUCUAGAUGAGGCAGUUCCUCUUGUCACAGACCCUAAGGGCACCACUGCUAAGCAGUUUCUUGCGGUACCUCCAGAUCCUGCUAAGGAACAUUCUAAAGAUUCAAAAGAUAGGACUAAAUCGGAGGAGACCAAAGCAAAAUCUGAAGAUAGGCCAGAGCCGUCCCACACAACUACAACCACGACUGUUACUGUUCAACCAACUCCUAUUCUUAAAAUCCCUAAAGAUGACCCUUCUGUUAAAAAGAGCAUAGUAAGUGUCAGCCCUUCUGUUCCCUCUAGUAAAGACAGCAAGUCCCAAAAGGACGAGUCAAUACAGCCAAAAUGGGCGGGGGGACAACCAGUAACAAUCCGAAAAGAAGUCAUUAUUGAGGAAAAACCUCAGGAGAAACCGCCAAAAUCAAGCGAAAAUGCAUGAAUUAUCUGAGUGUGUUGUUCAUCAUGUUUCGUUGUGAUACCGCCGCACGGCGUUCCUGUUUAGGAUGUGCAAUGAUCUUGACUUUGAUCUACCUUGUGUACAAGUAGCGGGCCAGUGAGAAAGAGGUAACUUUGAAUGACUGUGUGAUCAAAUCAAUGAGGCCAAUUACAUGUAUCAACUGUAUAUACACGCACCAAAUGGCGUGAAGACGUGGAUAUAUUGAGUGUCUUUUUAUAGUAACACUACACUGAUGCGAUAGUACGACACUGUAAAACAGGACUCUGUGACAAUCACGUAAUGUUUUUUUACAUUUCCCUAGACAUUAGGUUGAUAUCCUCUCUGUGCUGGUCACGUGGCUGCCUCGUGAGGUGACGUAGGUGACACGUGACAGUCACGACAGAUUAAGUCUUGAUAAUUGACGCGUAAAGGCCAUUCCUUUCAUGAGCUGCCAUGGACAUCGACCUAGAUAAUCAUCUGCACACAUGCCUUCGCCAUAUUUGACCAUGGUCAUCAUUCCUGAAAAGUGGAGGGUUACUUCCCCUUAGUCCUCGAUAUAGGCGUAGAGUGAUGCUCUGUCUGUCAUUUCUGUCCAUAUGUCGUUAUCGUUCUCACACAUAUCUGCCUUAAUUUUACAGCGAUGUAUGACUUUGAUGAAAGGUUAACAUAGACUUUUGUAUAAUCUUUUUCCAUGCAUUUUGAAAGAUAUAUCCAGAUUUUAUUUUCAAGUUGUAAUUAUCAAAUACGUUUAUGAAAUUGGUUUUACAGUAUAUGCUUGAUGACCAUCAACUGAUAUAAUAAUUUGUUUGAGGGCAGAGCUGUAGUCUAAAUUUCAUUGCAAUUAAUUAUUAGGUUCCUCCAGGUAUUCACAUUUGCUACUGCCGUCUCGUAAAUAAGAACAUAUUCAUAUUCAUAUACAAUGCCGCUGUUAUAUCAUAUUGCUACCAAUGUGACAUCACGUUUGCAUUUGCAAAAUCAAUGUGUUAUUAAAAACAGCCGUUUUAUAUUGGAUAGGCACCAAUAUUAAUUACAUAUCACUUUAAAUCAAAAGAGUAUUAUUUCUAAAAAUUAGUUCUUUCUAUACAUUGUCAUUAUAUAAAGCCUGCUACCUCGAGGUAUUUGUGAAUUAAUAACUUACUAAACUGGGGAGCAAAAGAGACUCUACCUCUCAGUUUAUUUUAUCAUAUCUUCGAUUUUCAAUUGAAAAUAUAUUAAGUUAUUUAAUAAGUGAACUGUAUUGGCACUUAGUCAGCACCCAAAGAAUACGUCUGUUUGGUUUUAUUUUGUUAAAUAUAAUUUGAUUUAAACUAUGAAAAUUAACAAACCUCGCAUAAUACACUUCUAUUGGUUGGUAUCUUUGACAUCUUAUCUUUGAAAAUCAACAUAUUUGUUUUCAAACACGACAAGGGUCUGAUGUAGCAACUUCAAUUCUAACCCCAGUCUUCACUGAACCAAUACACACACAAUUUUACUUAUCUGCAGUUUACAUUAUGGUUUGGUAUCCGUCCAACCGAUGACGUGUUCCUUCUCUUCCCUUUAUAAACAGUAAGGAGAGGUGGUACAUGCAGCUUAGUGAACCAAAUAGAUAUAGGCGUCAGCUACAUAACAAGUAUUGUCUGCCAUUUAUGUAGUUCAAAGGUCGCCUUGAGAUCAGUGUGGUCUGCUUUCACUGUUUAACAUAACUGAUACGAUUUUUUUUAAGUGAGAUAUCCUGGGGGGGGGGUUGAUUUUUUUC